AGCAACGCAGGGCAUGCCUCGCGCUGAUGUUAUUCAUCAUCGUGCUAGGCAGCUAGCUGGAUAACAGUUUCAUGAAAGAGCAGGGUUUUUUUUUGUGUGUGUGUGUGUGAGUAGACAGACGUUGUGUGUUGUUUUUCUAAAGGUAAAGCCGUUAUGUCUUGGUUUGUUUUUUAUGAAACAUACUUGAUUUAAGCUAAGGUUAAAACCUGGUCUCUGUAACAAAGUUACUGCGCCAUAUUAUGCUAGUUAGCUGGGUUAGCCAGGUUUGGGCGUGAAAGGAUGGAGCUGAUAGCUAGCUUGCCUGCUAAGUGUUAGCUAGUGUCAUAGCCUCUGUUACCAACCGAGUGAGUGUGUAUGCGCGCGCGCGUGUGCGCGUGUGUGUGUGUGUGUGUGAGAGAGAGAGUGAAAACUAACGGAACAAACCCCUGGGAUGCAGCUUAUAACAUUCCUUCACUUCUUGGGGUGGGGCGGUGCUUGAUUUGGAAGACAGAAGGUUAACUUCCCCCAUUCUCCUGCAAGGUCAACACAUUUACAUGCACAGAGCAAGGAAACAUGAGUACAGGGAAGCCAAGUGGUCUCAAGCCACCUACUAAGAUCAGUAGGCCUAGCUCUGUGCCAGCCAAGACCUCCCCUCCCUCAGCCACCGCGAAAACUUUAACUUCCCCAGGUCCUGGUGCUCCAGUUGCUAAUGACUCGGUGGAGUUUACCGUCGGCGAACGCGUAUGGGUGAACGGAAAUAAGCCGGGAUAUGUUCGGUUUGUCGGCGGAACCCAGUUUGCGCCAGGCCAAUGGGCAGGCAUUGUUUUAGACGAGCCCAUAGGAAAGAACGAUGGCUCUGUCGCUGGAGUGCGCUACUUCCAGUGUGAGGACUUGCGAGGCAUCUUCACCCGGCCUUCCAAACUGUCUCGGGCACCUCUUCCGGAGUGUGAGGCCAAUGGUGCGCCGUCUUCCACCAGCCAAGCGUCUUCUGCUGUCAUUCCUACUGCUACUGCUGAUGAAGGUCAAGCCGCCGCCGCCAACGCCACCACCGCCACCGCUACUAAGACCUCAACAAACCUGGCCACAGUGGCCAGCGGUUCUGUCUCCAACCUGUCUGAGACGGAUUCGACCAUGAAGGGAAAACGGGAGCUGAAGCUUGGUGAUCGUGUGCUGAUUGGGGGAACGAAGGCAGGCGUUGUGCGCUUCCUGGGCGAGACUGAUUUUGCUAAAGGGGAAUGGUGUGGGGUGGAGCUUGAUGAGCCUCUUGGCAAGAAUGAUGGAGCAGUGGCUGGUGCCAGGUAUUUUCAGUGUCUGCCAAAAUAUGGUCUGUUUGCUCCAGCACAUAAAGUGACCCGCAUUGGCUUCCCGUCCACCACUAAAGCCAAAAGCUCAAGGCGCAGGUCCACUCUGCAGCAUAGCCCCAGCGCCUCUUCAGUCAGCUCACUGAGCUCAGUCACCUCUUCUGUAGGAGGAAAACCCAGUCGCGCAGGCCUGCUGACAGAGACCUCAUCCCGCUAUGCACGAAAGAUCUCGGGGACCACGGCAUUGCUGGAGGCUCUGAAGGAGAAACAGCAGCACAUCGAGCAACUCCUGGCUGAGAGGGAUCUAGAGAGAACAGAAGUGGCCAAGGCAACCUGCCACGCCGGAGAGGUGCAGCAGGAGCUGGCCUUGCUCAGAAAAGGCCAGGAGCAGUACGUGCUUGAGAUGGAGGCUAAACUCGACCAAUUACGCAGGCUUGUGGAGACUGCAGACAGGGAAAAAGUGGAGUUGUUAAAUCAGCUUGAGGAGGAAAAAAGGAAGGUAGAAGAUCUUCAGUUCCGUGUAGAGGAAGCUUACAUUACCAAAGGUGACUUAGAGACGCAGACCAAACUGGAGCAUGCCCACAUUAAGGAGCUCGAACAGAGCCUUCUCUUUGAAAAGACCAAAGCUGAUAAACUCCAGAGGGAGUUAGAGGAUACUAGGGUGGCCACAGUGUCUGAAAGGUCCCGGAUCAUGGAACUAGAGAAGGAAGUCUCAGAGCUGCAGCUACGCCUACGAUCUCAGCGAGCAGAAGCUGGAUCAGGCUCACCUCCAUUACAAGACAAAAAGGUUAGGGAGCUGAGCAAUGAGUUGGAGGCCAGACACAAAGAGGUGCUGCUCCUCCAGCAGAGACUCAGCUCCUCCCAGCAGGAGAACACUGCCCUUCAGCAUCAGCUGGAUGAUUUGAAAAAAAAACUUGAUACAGAAGCUGAAGAAAGUAAAAAAAUUGCACUCUCCAUACAAGAGAUGCAGAAAAGCAUGCAGGCAGACAAGGAACAACUGGAGCAGCUGCGCAGUGAAAAGCAGAAGCUGGAGGAGGAGGUGGCCUCCAGGCAGCAGCAGGAGCAGCAACAUAAUGAGGAGCACAAGCAGCAUGAGAAGGAGCUGCAGGAGAAACUAGGCAGAGCGGAGCAGGAGCUGAGCAAAGUUCAGGAAAGGAGUGUUGAGCUGGAGCAGAAGGUGGCUGAGCUGCAGAUGUUCAAGGACAAAACCCAGAGUAUCCAAUCUGCAGACGCUGUGGAGCAACUAAAACUAAGAAAUCAAGAGCUGCAUCAGGAGCUUGAAGCCCUGAAGCACCAAAACUCCAAGUAUCAGGAGGAGCUUAGUGUUUGCAAGGAGCAGCUCAGUUCUGAGAACCAGCGCAUCGGAGGCCUGUGCAAAGAAAUCGAGGAGCUGAAGCUGGCAGCCAAUCAGAAGUCACUGAGGCUUGUGGCACUCCAGGAAGAAAACGGGAAGCUGUCUCAGAAGCUGGACAGCAGCCGGCAGCUCAAGGGUGAGCAUCUGACUCCAGACAACCAGUCGGAGAUUAGGGAGAGGGAAAACUUCAACACUUUAAUAUCCGAGAAGGACAAAGAAUUAGAAGCGUUGAGAAAUGAGAUUGCAGUGUUGCGUGGAGAGAAUGCCGUGGCCAAAACACUGCAGGCAGUGGUGGAGUCUCUGGAGCGGGACAAGGUGAAGCUACAGAGCAGAGUGCACAGCCUCGAACAGAAACUGGAGGGCAGACAGAGUGAUGACCAGGAGGAGAAUUCCUCAGGUGAUGCAGCUAUAAGCCAGCUUAGAGAAGAGAAAGAGUUUGCUGAGGGACAGAUCAACUUCCUCAACUCGGUCAUCGUAGAUCUUCAGAGGAAGAACGAGGACCUGAAGGUGAAGCUGAAGAAAAUGGCUUUGGCUGAGUUCAAUGGGAAUGACGAGAACAAUGGUUCGGGCGAGGUCAAGAAGAAGAAGAAAGCCCCGCCACGUGUCUUCUGUGACAUCUGUGACUGUUUUGACCUGCACGAUACAGAAGACUGUCCCACCCAAAUGCAGUCUCCCGAUUCGCCUCCUCACAGCACGCAUCACGGUAGCCGCGGAGGAGAACGGCCCUACUGCGACAUCUGCGAGGCGUUCGGCCACUGGACAGACUCCUGUAACGACGACCAAACCUUUUAAACCUUUGAUGUUCCGUGUUCUGAAAAACAGGCAAGGCACAAAAUAUUUUGACAUAGGUAAGCUCUUAUUUUUGUAUGCUCUGUGUGAUUUAAAGCAUUCCUAUCAAUUGAAGGCUGCUUUAUUGGAAGGUAAAGGUGAGACGUCCUGCUUGUGUGUCAUUAAUAUUGUUUUGUGUAUAGCGUAGAUCAUAUUUUGACAGUGAUCUGACCUCCUUGUGGUAAACGAACACUUAUCACAGACACACGGAAGCUUUCGCGCCAAAAGACGUUUAAGCUGACCAAUAGAAAACUAUUGCACUGCUCACUUUAAAUGCAUUCCUUGUUACAUAAUAAGCACAUAUUUUUAACUGCCAGUUGUCUAAGUUAUUCUUUUAUAUUAAAUGUCAAAAAGAGGUAAAUACUCUGUCUUAUGAAUGGCUUUUUAAGUGUUUUUACAUUGUGUACUAAAAUUAUUAAAACACAACUUUGCAUCCAAUUCCAUCACUAUGUACAGCUGUAAUAUUUAUAUCAAAGACAGUGUUUACAAAUUAACCUGUUAAACUCCAAAAAAAAAAAGAUUUCCGGGUUUUUGCAAUUGCACAUUAUGCAAAGAUAACUAUGUUUUUGGGCAUUUUUCCUUUGUUUAAAUGAGAUCAAAUGUACACAAAAGGCCAAAAGUAUUGAAGCAAACUGAACUCUCAUUAAUCAGCAACGAAACCAGAACCAUACCAGCAUAAACCUCAUGAAAAAACCACUUUGAAUAUGUCACUGUUUAUUAGCGCUAAAGAAGAAGAUUUUGAUGAUUAUAAUGUUGAAUUUAA